AUGGUGGUUAAGCGAGGAAGGGGAAGGCCUAGAAAAGUUGAUGUAAGUGGUACCGAUGUUCAUGCUAAUAUUGAUCCUGAGGAAUCAAAUUUAAGCAUAAUUGCUACAGCUGUCAACGAAAUGGCGCGGAAACGGCCGACGAGGAGAGCGGCUAGCAACGGUAUAUCACAUAAAUCUGAUGAUGAUGAUGACUAUAUCUCAAUUGAUGUUGCAGAAGAAGGGGACAAUGAUUUUGUUCCCAACGAAUUGAUUGCGAUAGAUGAGGAGGAUGAAAAGAAUGAAGUGAUGGACGACAGCGGACCAAAGAGAAAGACAAGGGGCAAGCAAAGUUGCAGAAAUAAGAGCACUAUAGCCAGCUCGAAUUCCAGUACAAGUUCAAGGUUAGAAAAAAAACGACGCAAAAUACGAUAUUUGAAGGAUUUGUCUGCUGCAAGGGACAAGAUAGAGCGAAUAUAUGGCAUAAAUAAACAAAAACUUUUGAGCCUGGCUAAAGUUAAGGAGGCCUUUGAAACAUGCGUCUUCUAUUUUCCCCCGGAAUUGCUGAGGAAAGAUUCGUUGUAUUAUGUCGAAUGUACUCCACCGUGUGCCAAAAAAAAUGUGUACGAUUUAGUAGUGGUGCCCAAUAGUUCCAAAGUUCGUGAGAUCGAGGAAGCUGAAUUGAACGAAAUAUUUGAGAGAAGAAAUAAGGAAGUCACGAUAAUUAUUGGGGAGGUUGAAGUCACUUUAGGUAGCGGGCAUAAGACAGAAUUUCCCGUAUUUCCCAACGGAGACAGGAGAGGGUUUGUGUACAAUACGUCAUGUUUAAUAACGGAUAUGGAGUGGUUUAAUAAAGAGGAAGAAGAUGAUGAAUAUUUAGCUGUCAGCUUGUCGCAAUAUUUUGACAGACCUUUGAAUGAAAAGUUGCAAAUGUUUGAGACGGAAACACAUGUUUCUUGUAUUGAUAUAUUUAAGUUGAAUACAUUGACAUUAGAGUUCAGUAGGAUUCAAACGAUUGCACACACGUUUGGUGACACAUGGAAUUUGAAAUGGCAUGAAGGCUGCCAAGAUAUAAAUUCUCUCGGAACUCUCGCCUUCACAUGUCAAGACGGAUCUGUCAAGCUACUAGAAGUCAAUAUCACAGAAGAGUAUACUAUAAGAUUUGUUGAAAAGCCGACAAUAUCCAUUUCACUUCCAAAAGUGUCGAUUACAUGUUAUGAUUUUCUUUCACCAACCACAAUUGUUUGUGGGUUCAAAAAUGGAUUUGUGGGGGCAUUUGAUCUCACAGAUUCCCCUAUUCCCUCAUUCUAUCGUAAAAUUCAUGAUUCGUAUGUUAUCUCAAUAUGCGUUGCUUAUUCGGAGUUCGAAAAUUCUUUGGUGGGCACAGUUUCAGUUGAUGGUUUUUUCUAUGCAUUUGAUCCUAAAGACAUCUUUACCUCAAAAACCACAAUAGCAAGGUUUCGCGGUACAAACAUUACGCCAUUAUCGUAUAUUCCUCAAUUGUACUCGUUCGUCAAUUCUGAUGGCUUAAACUCCCUGAAAAGCGUAGUGCCAAGAGCAUCUUUUGGAAUUCAUCCCAUAUGUCAACAGGAUACGACUAUCACAUCGAUAGGCACGUCAAGAAAGCAUCCAUUAUCUUUGGCAGGAACUGCCGAUGGUAACGUUGUUGUUUCCAACGUGGCAAGACGUUUAUUGACAGGCGUCAAAAACGGCUCCUCUGUUCAUUCUUCUCUGAGACUUUGGAAAUGGGAAUAUAGUGAUACCGAGAACAAAUACAGGCUGGAUAAUUCUUAUGAAAAAUAUGUUCUGGCUCUUAGUGAGGUGAGCGGAAUUAGAAUUGAUCCACAUGGCGUCAACAUUUCCUGCAUAAAAUGGAACGAAAGUUCCACUGGGGGUAAUUUUUAUGCAUUUGCAAACAACGCUGGCUUGUUGACGGUAGAGCAGCUUGGGAUCAAUUCAUGA